AGGACGCUAAAGGGAAAUCUUGGGUACGUGGGAUAAAGAAGAAGUCAUCACAAUGGACGUGGCGAUGCUGAAGGAGCUGGAAGCAGCAGCUCAACUCGUCAUGGAUCCACAUCUGGGUACGCCGGAACAGAGAAAGUCCGCCGAGGGGCUUAUAAUGAAUUUCCGCAAAACAAACAAUCCCUACACAAUGUGUCGACAGAUUCUCGAGACAUCCUCAGUGGAUUUGGUGCUAUUUGAGGCGGCGGAUCUCCUCAAGAAUGCCCUCGUGUACGAAUGGGACUUCCUGCAGGAACAGGAUCGCGUGGCAAUGAGGCAGUAUUUAUUUAACUACGUUAUGGGACGUGAGAUGAAGUCCUUUGUGCGCGAGAGGAUUCUCCUCGUGGUGGCGAUUAUGAUAAAGAGGAUGAGUAUUCACGAUGCAGGUGCGGAACGUGCGACAAUUCUCGCUGAGUUUGAGCAAAUUAUCGCGGAAGGAGAUGCAAAGCAGCAGUACCUCGUGUGUCGUGUGGCAAUGAGGCAGUAUUUAUUUAACUACGUUAUGGGACGUGAGAUGAAGUCCUUUGUGCGCGAGAGGAUUCUCCUCGUGGUGGCGAUUAUGAUAAAGAGGAUGAGUAUUCACGAUGCAGGUGCGGAACGUGCGACAAUUCUCGCUGAGUUUGAGCAAAUUAUCGCGGAAGGAGAUGCAAAGCAGCAGUACCUCGUGUGUCGUGUCCUCAUGGCCAUGAUGCAGGAGUACAUGACAACAAUAAAGUCCGACGAUUCGGGGCUAACGUUUGAGGAUCACUUCCGGGCAAAGAAGCAAUUUGAGAGUACGUCGCUGCAGAAGAUCUUCCUCAUGAUCCUCAAGGCAUUGGAGAAGCUGAAUGAUAAUUUUGAUGGUACAACAGGUGUGCAAGUGCUAUGCCUUGAAUACCUGACAAUUAUGGAAGUUAUCCUGUCGUGGGGCUUCAUCACAGCUUCGCCAAUUUUCUCAAAACGCCUCAUUGGGCUGUUUGAGAUGACUUUCCGCAUUGAACAGACACCAUCGCUGAGGUUAAAUCUUCAAUGGGAAGCCACAAUACUGCAACCGUGUGUUGUGAAGCUCUUCUUUGACAUCUACUGGAAAUGCCGCUCAUUCUCAGAGCUCCAAGGCAAAGCAGCCAAUUGCCUCGUCCAGCUGGCAACACUCAAUGGGCCAAUUAUGGAGAAAUUGGGGAAUAAGUUGAAGUAUGUGGUUAAUUACUUCACAAACUACCUUCAAUUGCUGUCCAAUAUUGAAUUGAAGCGUGAGGAAGUAAUUCCCCUCACAGCCAUUGUCCGGAAGCUACUCUUCUACAAUCAUCAGCCGAGUCUGGAGGAGUACCCGCAGGAUCUCGUUGCAGCGGUACUACAGCGAAUUUUCCAACUCACCUGCACUGUUGCCGAGAAGCACGUUCAGGAGGAUCAUCUCCUUGAAACAUGGCUGACAAUUCUCCAUGGCAAGGAAUCCCUCCCAGCUGGUACACUCGAACCCUAUCUCAUGGAGAUCUUCAAUAAGUACCUCCAGAGUCACCUUUCACCCCCGGAUGGGGUACGACCGCUCGUUGAUCCGGACUUUGGGGAGUUGUAUGAGAAUGAUGUGCCCGAUAGGGAGAAAUAUAGGGAGCAAUUGAUAAUUGUGGGAACUUUCGGGAAGCAAUUCCCACAGCAUUCCCUCGCGAUCCUCGCCAAAUUGCUUGAGACAAAAAUUCAAAUUCUUCGUGAGAAUUUGCAGCAGAUGCACAGCAAUUUGCAUCAUCCGUCCACAAAAAUUCCCUACACGGUAUUUGAGGACAUUCACUGGCUCCUCCUCAUUGCGGGGCAUGUCAUCUGCACGGAGGCCGAUGGGGAACAAUCCCUUAUCCCGAGUGAAAUUAUGGAUCACAGCAUUCAGCAACUAGCUUCCGGUGGUGUUGACAUUACGACAAGUCUCAAAGUUCUCGCAUCACCGGGAUUGGCUAUCUUUGAAAUUCCCACCGCUGAACAAACAGCCGAUCAUGUUAUUCGUAUUGUGGCAUCUGUGCUGAGGUACUGUGAAAUUGAACAGGGGGCCAUUGAGGCAAAAAUGCUGCAGUACCUCAGUCCGGAGGUGAGUGCUUCCGCAAUGUGGUUCCUCAAGUUCUGGGCUACGUCCUAUCUACUACCGCAGGAGGAUCACUACGAGAAUAUGAGCGAAACUCUCAAAUCAGCCUUUGGGAUAAACACUCCCGGUGGCGAAUGGAUGAUGAACUACUUGCUGAAGAAGGUCUACAUUAAUGUGCAGAGCUUUACGGCGGAAACGGGUGUAAUUGAUGAUUCCAUAAAGCUCCUCGUAUCACUCGUUGCGCGUAAACAUAGAUGCGAAAUAGCCUUUAAGUCAGUUUGCUUCAAAUCCGUGAUGGAUCUGAAGAAUCUCCCACUGCCAAUUAAUAUUAAGAGUGGCCUCCUAAUGGGUCUCAUUAUGACGGCAUCGUGCAUUACGGAGAAAUCAAUGCGUGAGCAGUAUCUGCGUGAGCUCAUUGAGCCAAUUUGUCUGCAAUUUGGACAAAUUACAGCGGCGGAAACGCGCAAUAGUCCGCUGUUUGCUGAGAAGAUUUUCUACUGUUUGCAAGAGAUGAAGGCAUGCUUUGAGGGUGGCUCCAAGCCCACUGUUUCGUUCAUUUUUGUGACCUUUCAGCCAAUUCUCACGGCACUUGUUAAUAUUCUCGAUUACCUCCAUAGUUCGUCGCAAAUUGUGGAGAUUGUCCUUGAGGUGCUGUGUAAGGUGGUUGAAUCCACCUUCUUCCUCAAUUCAGAGGACACACAGAAGGUGCAUGAGGUGUGUUUGGGGGUGCUGCAGGUGUAUGUGAAGCACAACAACAAUAGAUUUAGUCUCGAUGUUACAAAUGACGAUGACAAUCUGCGGGAUUUGCAGCUAUUGCUGAAACUCAUGAAUUAUAUUCUAUCGAAGACUUUCUUUGAUUUCACCGACACACCCGGACAAUUGGAUAAUUCGGAAUGUGUCAUCUACGGCCUAACGUUCCUCAUGCCAAUGAUCACGACGGAUCUCCUGAAAUAUCCCAACUUUUGCUUACAAUUCUAUCAAACUAUUAAAUUAUUUGUGGAGGCAAAGUCACAUGAGCUUUGCUCACUUCCUGCGGAUUUGCUGACAAAAUUCAUGGGGGCCACUGAGAUGGGUUUAACAUCAUUUGGCUCUGAAGUGCAAUCGUGCUGUUUGGAAUUAUUGCAAAUUCUCGGCAAUACGGUGUACUUUGACCAAAAUCCCGAAUCAUUCAUGUAUACAGCACUAAUGCCCUUCCUCAAGCACCUCCUGGAUCUCAUUCUCACCCAACAAAUUGAUUCAGUGAACAAGACAGACUGCAGUAAGGCCCUCUUCGCGCUCAUUUGUUGCUACAAAGAAAAAUUCGUGGAGCUCGUUCAGCAGAUUCUUCAGAGUCAAACCAAUCCGGCGUAUGCGGAGAAACUUUCAACGGAAUUCCGUGAAUUGACCAAUAAUGUGGAUUUGGUGAAUAAUCGUUUCUCACAAUUUCGAUUCUCCGAACGUUUUGACAAAUUCCUCGUAAAUAUUGGAUUUAUGUAUUCAAACUGAGAGAGAGAGAGAGAUCCUUCCGUCAAAGCUCGAAGGGAUAUUUUUACGUAAGUUUCUUCAUUUUUUUAUUACUUUGUUGUUAACAUUUCAUUACGGAUAAAAUGCCAUCCGUGUCGUGUAUUUUAUUAAGAUUUCUAUACUUAAUGUAGUAAAAUGAAAAAAAUUUUGAGCGAUUUGUGAAAUUGAGUUAUUCAUUAUUAUAAAAUAUUAGAAUAAAUGAGAGGCAAAAUCAA